AUGGACGACAUUGAAAAGGCGGAGGGCCAAGAUGAUCGAUCUUCCUCAAGUCUCAGCUCAAGCGAAGCGCUGUCUCGGACACAAACUGAAGGAGAUCUUGCAAAAGCAGAAACGGUAGCUGACGGGAUAUAUGCGCCGAUAACGACAUCUGCCUCCAACCCUCGAUCAGUGACCAGGACUGGACUGUCGCACAUUCAGACAGGUGCAUCCAUCACCGAUGGCUUCGCCCACUACAACUUGGAUGACCCGGAAGAAGACAAGAUCGAUGAUGCGCUGACCGCCAGGAGGACUCCCUCGGACGCAUACGAGGUGCGAUGGAACGGAAAGAGCGACCCCCUGUCACCUCGAAAUAUGGGCGCGCCUCGCAAAUGGCUUAUCACUGUGAUUCUUUCGUCGUCCGCUUUCCUGGUGACAUGCACUUCGUCAAUAUACACAUCUACCUACGAGCAACUGAUCCGCGACUUCAAUACAUCAAGAGAAAUCGCAACUCUGGGCUUGACCUCAUUCGUGAUAGGCCUCGCCAUGGGUCCGAUGUUUCUCGCUCCAAUGUCAGAGUUCUACGGCCGCCAACCAAUCUACGUCGUCUCCAUGGUCAUGUUCACUAUCUGGCUGAUUCCAGAGGCGGUCGCUCAGGGUAUGGCCACGAUGAUCGUCGGUCGAUUCUUCAACGGCGUUGCUGGCAGCGCUUUCCUUGCUGUGGCAGCCGGGUCCAUCGUAGACAUGUUCGAACCCUCUCAGAUCGCUUUCCCCAUGAUGAUGUUCAGUGGCGCUCCAUUCCUGGGUCCAGCAGCGGGUCCUAUCAUCGGAGGCUUCAUAAAUCAGUUUACGACUUGGCGGUGGACAUUCUACACCCUACUCAUCUGGUCCGGCACGCUGACAGCGGCGGUGAUCGUUUUCGUACCCGAAACAUAUCCCAAGGUCCUCCUCAAGCGCAAAGCCGCCAGCAAGCGCAAAGAAUCAGGCAACGAACGAUGGUGGGCUCCUCUCGAAAGACACGACGCGUCGAUUCUAAGCACAGUCCUCCACUCUUGCGCUACACCCUUUAAGCUCCUUAUCCUCGAACCGAUGUGCCUCCUUCUCUGCCUGUACUCGGCUAUCCUGUUGGGAAUUGUGUAUUUGUUCUUCGGUGCCUUUCCGUUGGUGUUCAGCGACAACCACGGCUUCCAACUCUACCAGAUCGGUCUGACCUUCUGCGGCAUGGGCAUCGGCAUCCUGGUUGGAGUUUUUUCGGGCCCAUUGUGGCAGAAGAACAACAGACGUCUGAUCGCCAAUCUCGAAGCGAGGACAGGGCAAAAGUGUAUCAGACCGCCUCCGGAGCUCCGGCUCGUCCCUGCCAUGCUCGGGGCCUUCUUGGUACCCAUCGGGCUAUUUUGGUUCGGAUGGACGACGUAUUCGAGUGUUCAUUGGAUUGUGCCAAUUAUUGGAUCCGGCUUCUUUGGCGCAGGUGUCUUUCUAGCUUUCAACGGCGUACUCACAUUCCUCGUUGAUGCCUAUGCCAACUAUGCAGCCAGCGCCGUCGCCGCCAACGUCCUUGUCCGGCUCAUUUUCGCCGGUGCGUUUCCGUUGUUCGGAACACAGAUGUAUGAAAAUCUAGGAUAUCAGUGGGCGUCAUCCCUCCUUGCAUUUCUCGCUCUGGCAUGCUUGCCUAUGCCAUUCCUCUUUUUCAAGUAUGGCGAGAAAAUCCGGAACCGAAGCAAGUUCGGCACAUCGAACGAGACGUCGUAA